UGAGAGCCCCAUGUCCUCUUGCGCAAACCAUGACCCCUCCUAUAUCACGUGAUCUCCUUCUCCGUGGUCACACUCACUCUCUUCCAUGCCAAUCCCUCCACUUCUCCCACAUAUCCCUUCACACGGCGCCGCCGCCGCCCUCCUGCUCCUCCGCCUCCUCCUGAUCCUCCUCCUCCUCCCUCCGGCCAUCUCAAAGCCACCACCUUCCAACCACCCCUGCUCACCAAAUCCCGCCGCCGGCCAUCCCUGCCCCCCUUUUCCAUCCCCACCCUCCUCCUUCCCCUUCUCCUCCCACCCCGGCUGCGGCCACCCUUCAUUCCAGAUCCACUGUUCCUCCUCCUCCUCCCUCAUCUCCAUCCACUCCACCUCCUUCCGUGUCCUGUCCAUUCACCCCAACAACACCAUACUCCUCUCCCCUUUCCUCCCCAUCCCCUCCUCUCCCACCUGCCCCCCGAUCCCCUCCUCCCCUCUCCUCCUCUCGCCCUUCCGCCCCUCCCUCCAGUCCUGCAACUCUCUCUCCUUCCUCCUCCCCUGUCACCAAAACCCCUCCUCCUCCUCCUCCUCCUCCUCAUGCUCCCUCUCCCCUUUCCACCUCCGCCUCGCCGCCGACCCUCUCUCCCUCUUCCCCACCUGCCCCCGCUCUCCCGCCGUACCUUCUCGCCGCUGCACGCCGGACAUUCUGUCAGCCAUUUCCACCUUCCUCGAAAAUGGCGUGCUCCUCGAAUGGAACCCUAGAACGGACCCCUACUUCGCCAAAUGCUCCGAUUGCCGCGAUUCAGUAACAGGUCUCUGCGGCUUCAACAACUCAUCCCCAUCCAAACCCUUCCUCUGCUUCCCCUCCCCUUCCCACCUCCCACACCAUCACCCGCGUCUAUUAACCCUAAUCUUCCUCGCCGUCGCCGUCGCCAUCCUCAUUUCCACCUGCCUCCUCAUCGCCGGCGUUCGCCGGCGAUCGCACAACACCUCCGUCUCCGAUCUGCUCGACCGGCACCACAUCCAGCAGCCCCCGAUCUACACUUACGAGCAGCUCCGAUCCUGGACCAACGGGUUCGACUCUCGCCGCAAGAUCGGCGACGGCGGGUUCGGUGCGGUGUACCUAGCACAGCUCGACGACGGCCGCAUUGCCGCCGUAAAGCGGCUUCACCGCCGUCCGGAUCAGCCGACGCUUGCCGCGGCGGCGUGCACUCGCUCGUUCUGCAAUGAGAUCAAGAUCCUCUCCUCUCUCCGUCAUCCCAAUCUCGUCCGCCUCCAUGGCUACUGCUGCGAUCCCCGCGGCCUCGUUCUCGUCUACGACUACGUCCCGAACGGAACCCUAGCCGACCAUCUCCACGGCACAAGAAGUUUAUACCGUAAGAUCGCCCUAACCUGGCCCGUCCGCCUCGACAUCGCGAUCCAAACUGCAGCUGCCCUAGAAUACCUACAUUUUGCCCUUAAACCCCCCGUCGUCCACCGCGACAUUACAUCGAGCAACAUUUUCAUCGAGCGUGAUAUGCGCAUAAAGGUUGGGGACUUCGGCUUGUCACGCCUCCUCGCCGGCGGAACGGCGGCCGCCGGAGGUCGCGGAGGAGCAAUGGGAAGAGAGGAGGGAGAAGAUGGAUGCUGUACGGGGCCGCAGGGAACUCCGGGUUACCUGGAUCCGGAGUACCAUAGAACGUUCCGUUUAACGGAGAAGAGCGAUGUGUACAGCUUGGGGGUGGUGAUGAUGGAGCUGGUGACGGGGAUGAAGGCGGUGGACUCGAGGAGGGAUAAGAGGGAGGUAUCUCUGGCGGAGAUGGUGGUGGGGAGAAUACAAGUGGGGGAGCUUAGGAGGGUUGUAGAUCCGGCGAUGAUUUCGCCGCCGGGAGAGGAUGCUCAGAUGAGGAGCAUCGAGUCAGUUGCAGAGCUCGCGUUCCGUUGCGUCGCCGGCGAGAAGGAUGAUCGGCCCGACGCCAGGGAGAUCGUCGAGCAGCUCUCGAGGAUUCGAUCGAGGUUUCAGGAACAGCAGCCGCCGCCGCAGCAGCCUAGGGUUUCUUGAGCAUCAAAUUGUUAAUUUUGGUAGAUGAUUGUUCGGAUGAGUUGUUGUGCAAUCCAUGAUUGCGCAGCCGCAUUUGGACCGUCAUUGGACAGGCGCCAACGGCACGUUCGAUGAUUUAUCCAUUUUUGUUUAGGUAUUCAGCUCUGGUUUUUUAUGAGGUAAUGGAGAAAAUAUUACGUUCAUUGUGA